AUCCUUACGUUUCCGGCGCCAAAGACUCUGUUUACUCAACCAACACAGAGUUUCUUAGCGGCUUUUUCAAACUGUAGCUUCCUCACAGCCAGUACAAAGUUUGUUAUAAUGUCAAACCUGAAUCCAGUACCACUUAGCCGCAAAAGAAAGUCCGUUUUUGAGGUUGCUGAAAGAAGAAGAAAAGGAGAGAAGGAGCGAAGCAAAACUAAGGUGAUUCUUGGAGAUUGCUUCCAGCGAUGGCGCGCGCUGAAGCAGAGGAACGGUCUAAAGACUGACGCGUUGGUCGCUAAAUUACUUCUGGACAGUUAUGAGAACUUCACCUCUACUCAGAACCCACAGCAACCCACAUCCAGCGCUGGAACACCAUCUGAAGCUGACAAAGUCGUGAAGGCGCCUGUCCCAUCUGUACCUGAGCCUGAGCCCACCCCUUCCUCUGCUCCGUCUGCACAUGUGUUACAGUGCCCAUCGUGUGGUUUUGUUUUACCUUCAAACAGAAAUACUUUGGACGAAACGCAUCAGGCCCAAACUAUCGAAGUCACAGUGGAGCUGGAGCAGUCAGAGGAGUCGAUGAGCGGAGCAGAGGGAGUGGACCAGAGUGAUGGAGAGACUGAACAAGAAGAAGAGGAGGAGGAGGAGGAGGAGGAAGAGGAGAGUGAGGGAUCGGCCGUGGACUGGAGGAGCACAAUUCAAAGAGAGGAAAAGAGAGGAGACAAGACAGGUGCAUCACAGAAGCAGCUUUGCACCGAGUGUGGAGAGCUUUACAAGAAGAGCCACACAUGUGAUCACAAAACCAAACCCUACGUGUGUAACAUCUGUGGCCGAAGAUUCAUCUCAGAACCGGCGCUCAAAAUUCACAGCAACAUUCACUUGGAAACCCACCAGUACCACUGCAAAUACUGCUACGUCAGUUUCAGGACUAAAGUGGACAAAGUAGCACAUGAGUUAAUCCACCUGAAACAGAAGGAUCCAUUCAAAUGCCCAGAUUGCGCGUUGACAUUUCCAACACACAAGAAAAGAGAUGCUCACAAAAAGCAACACGGCGAUAAGUAUAGGUGUAAAUUAUGCGGGAUCGGGUUUAGAGAACAGCAGAAGUUUCUGAGACAUGUUGUCGUUCAUACGGGAGAGAGGAGAUUCAAAUGCUCCCUGUGCGAAUGGAGUUUCAAACAGGAAAGUCAUCUCAAAUCUCACAUGCGUCUUCACACCGGAGAGAGGCCCUACUGCUGUAAACACUGUCACAAAGCUUUCAGUCAUAAUGUGAGUUUGAAGAGCCAUGUGCAAAAGUAUCACCCGGAGGAGAAGGAUGAAAGGGAGGAGAAGAAGAAGGUGGAGGAGAAAGAGGGAGAGAGCAUAGAAAUGAAGAGGGAGGAGGGACAGACUGCGGUGAAGCCCAAACGGAGAAUCCCAUCCACUGGUCGUCCAACUGGGAGACCAAAAAUGAACCCAGACGGAGAAAAGAAAGCCACCAAAACAAAAAGGCUAAAGACACAGGACAGUGAUGAUGAAGAGUUUUUGUAGUGUCGUCAGGUUACUAAAUGGUACGAUACUCAAUACCAGUUCUGAUACCACAAUAAUAACAAAAAAAAUUGUUAUACUUUCUUUUCUGUUACUAUAACAAGUGGCCUUAUAUUUUUCAGUCGUUCAGGUACGUUCCAUGCGAAGGUCUGUAGUGGUCAGGUUUGUGGAAAUGCAAGCCGCUUUCAGGGAUGUGUGUUUUUCAGUUCAGCAAUCAAAACUAAAACUAAGAAAAUAUGCUUUUAUUGUUGUAUAAUUUUGUUUUUAAAAGUUUCAUACUGUGGCUUUAAAUAAACAAUUGAACAGCUACACUUUGGUUGUGAUUCGAUAAUUGUCUUGAGAACCAAAACACCUACCAAUAAUCAUGUCCAAUGUUUUUAUAACUAAGAGUAAAAGCUGUAUGUUUCUGACAAGUGUCAUUCUGCCCUCUACAGAACAAUCAGGGGAACUGCAGCUGAAAAUUUAAUUCAGUUUU